GGUCGGGUUUUUUUACACUGUAUCUCUCCUGCAGCCAGACUGUUGAUCUUCUCAUGCAAGAGUCAGGAUGUCGUUUAGAACAUCCUUCUGCUACCAAAUUCCGCAAUCAUGUCAUGGAAGGAGAAUGGGAUAAGGCUGAGAACGACCUGAAUGAACUUAAGGCCUUAGUGCAUUCUCCGCAUGCAAUUGUGAGGAUGAAGUUUUUGCUGCUGCAGCAGAAGUACCUGGAAUACCUGGAGGAUGGCAAGGUCCUGGAGGCACUUCAAGUUCUACGCUGUGAACUGACGCCUCUGAAAUAUAAUACAGAACGCAUUCAUGUCCUCAGUGGGUAUCUGAUGUGUAGCCAUGCAGAAGACUUGCGUGCAAAAGCAGAGUGGGAAGGGAAAGGAACAGCUUCCAGAUCUAAGCUUUUGGACAAACUCCAGACGUACCUACCCCCAUCAGUGAUGCUUCCUCCAAGGCGUUUACAGAACCUGCUACGUCAGGCUGUGGAACUACAACGGGACCGGUGCCUAUAUCAUAAUACCAAACUAGAUAGUAAUCUAGAUUCUGUCUCGCUGCUAAUAGAUCAUGUUUGUAGUAGGGGUCUGAGAUCAGUAUGUGGUGCGCUGUACAUGCUGCCAUGCUUGGGCAUAAUGAGGAAACAGUUCCCAUGCUAUACACAGCAGAUACUAACGGAGCACUGUAAUGAAGUGUGGUUCUGUAAAUUCUCCAAUGACGGCACUAAACUAGCAACAGGAUCUAAGGACACAACUGUUAUUAUAUGGCAGGUUGAUCCAGAUACUCACCAGCUAAAACUACUCAAGACCUUAGAAGGUCAUGCGUAUGGUGUCUCUUAUAUUGCUUGGAGUCCAGAUGACAACUAUCUUGUUGCCUGUGGUCCAGAUGAUUGUUCUGAGCUUUGGCUCUGGAAUGUACAAACUGGGGAGCUGAGGACAAAGAUGAGCCAAUCUCAUGAAGACAGUUUAACAAGCGUGGCCUGGAAUCCUGAUGGGAAGCGUUUUGUAACAGGAGGUCAGCGUGGACAGUUCUAUCAGUGUGAUUUAGAUGGUAAUCUCCUUGACUCCUGGGAAGGGGUGAGAGUACAAUGCCUUUGGUGCUUGAGUGAUGGGAAAACUGUUCUAGCAUCGGACACACACCAGCGAAUUCGGGGCUAUAACUUUGAGGAUCUUACAGACAGGAACAUAGUACAAGAAGAUCACCCUAUUAUGUCGUUUACUAUUUCAAAAAAUGGCCGUUUAGCUUUGUUAAAUGUAGCAACUCAGGGAGUUCACUUAUGGGACUUACAAGACAGAGUUUUAGUGAGAAAGUAUCAAGGUGUUACACAAGGAUUUUACACAAUUCACUCGUGUUUUGGAGGUCACAAUGAGGAUUUCAUCGCGAGUGGCAGCGAAGAUCACAAAGUAUAUAUUUGGCACAAGCGUAGUGAGCUGCCAAUUGCAGAGCUGACGGGGCACACACGUACUGUUAAUUGUGUGAGCUGGAACCCGCAGAUUCCAUCCAUGAUGGCCAGCGCCUCUGAUGAUGGCACUGUUAGAAUAUGGGGACCAGCGCCUUUCGUAGACAACCAGGAUAUUGAAGAGGAAUGCAGUAGCAUGGAUAGUUGAUGGCGAAUUUGGAGCAGACGACUUCAGUUUAACUUAAUUAGUCGUAUUUUAAAUGGCUUGGGAUUUGGUGCAAACAAACAUGAUUGAUAGCUGGACAGACAUGCUCGUCAUGAAAAAGAACCAUUUCUGAAGCCCGGUUGGGGCCAAACAUUUACCACCUUGCUUCAUAGUAACCAGUCAAGAUGAAGCACGUCGUUAGAACGUUGUCGGACACCGUGUUGAAAUUUACCCCCCCGCAUCGGUUGUGAAGAACUGUGCUACAUUCAGGCUAACCAUUGAACUCAGUAUAUAUAUUUUUCCCUCCUGCCUUUUUGUCUGGCAGGCUACUGUUCUUGUUGCUCUUCUGUGUAAUGAAGUUUAAAUGCUUGUUUGGAACACUUUAUUUAACAGUUUAGAAGGCUUGAUAGAAAGAGUGCUUUAGUCUGAAGAGUAUACAUUGGAUAGGAAAGUAUUUCCUUCUCUUGUUUCUCAAGUCUCUCUCCGCCUUACUUAGCUUGAGAUCUUUGCAGCUUGGUUCAUGGAUUCUAGCCUUGCCCGUUGCGCAGUAUAUAUAAAUUGAGAUGAUAAACCAAUGAACUAUGUCAAAAGCACUCUCAGUAUCACAUUUGACAAAAAGUUUUGUACUUUUCACAUAGCUCGUUGCCCUGCAAAGGGGUUAACAGCACAAUUUUUUAAAAAUAAAUUAUUUAUAGGAUUAAAAUGACUUCAUUUGUAUACAUUUGGAAUUAAAACAAUGCAAGAAGUGUCGUGAAACACGGUAUCACUGAUGCUUUUCCGGAGUGUCUUGAGACCCACUCAAAAGCAGUGGCUGGAAGGAGCUUUACGUAGGCAGUGAAGCUUGCGUUAGAAGGAGAAACUCACUGUCCAUCUUUUACAGAUUUAGGAAAAAAGCAUUCAGAGUGCACCACCAGACCAAGAGUUUAAACAAGAUGAGGUCUUUUUGUGUUGGUUUUUUUUUUUUUUUUUAAUUACAUAAAUAUAUGCAACAAUGCUGGUAAAAGGUAGACUACAACUCGAGGGAAGAAUGUGUUGAAUCCUUUCUUCACAAAGUCAACAUUUUGUAAAACUAAUUAACAUACAAAUCAUAAUUAAACCCUUGUAUUAUGAUGGAAAUUUUUUCUUUGAUAAACAAAGGUGUAUAGAUUUUCUUUUUGAGAAUAUACUUUUAACUUUGCAGAUCUAAAUGCCUCUCCCAGACCUUGUUGCAAGCUGGUGCUGUGAACAUCUUGACACGUCUAGGAAUAGUUCUGCUAAUAUCCCGUGUUAAGAAAAGAGAAAGACAUUUAUAAUUUAAGUAUUUAUUCUUUUUGCCGUAAACAGAUGCCCUGGCAUCUCUGUGCUUCUGCACUACACACACGUUCAUGAUGGGAUGGCACUGGAUUCCCUUUUGCCACCUUGGGUGGAAAGGUAGCGUUGGUGCUGCUGUGAAGUAAAGAGGGAGCAGGGUAAGACGUGCCACCGAGAGUUGAUGUGAACAGGAGUGUGGACUUCAUCCUUUAAUGAGAUAAUAAUCUAGUGUCCUCAUUAGUCAUGUGUGGAAGAAAGGUGGGGGAAGGUUUGCUGGAGUUCCUGGGAAGAGAAGUGUAGCCACUUUGAUGGAUGGGAACGUGGUGUUUAGCAUAAACAAUCCCUUUUUUUUUUCUUUCCCAGAAAAACAAAGUCAAACUUAGCAGGUUAGACUUUUUUUAGAUCCCAGCCAUCAGGUGGUGGUUCAUUUUUUCGUUUUUUUUUUUUUUCCCCUUGCCUUGUGUGUAAACUUAAACAUCAUUUAAGAUUCUGAUACUUUGGUUGAGACCAGCCCUGAAUCUGACAUGCUCCUCUCUUAGGACCUCAAAAAUGAAGUAGGAACUUAACGUUCUUCUCUUCAAUCUAGUACUUUUGUCUCAAAAUUAAGGUGACUUUCUUUGAUAGCAGUUACCAUUCCACAGGACUGGGAAUACAUGUGUAAAUGGCAAGGCUUCAGAUCAGUUCCUUCUUCCAUUAUGCUAGUUCCAGAGGAAGCUGGCUGUUUCUCUUCCUAGUUCAGACGGUGUAAGAUUAGUCGGUCUUGUUCCUGUGGCAUCAGUGUUGCAGGGAAACAGAAAACUUCCUAAGGUCAAAUUUUCGUAAGCUAAACGUUUGGGUUUUAAAUAAAAAUUGAAUACCUAAAUUGUAAACAGUAUUUUAUAGGUUCAAAACAUGGUAUAAUUCAUAACCAAUGCCAGUAUGUGAAUCUUUGGAAGUUACCCUAGCAUGGUCUUACUCUGGAACUUACAUUUUUCAAACAAAACGUUGUUUAGAGAGAGUAAGGAGAAUAACCCUGGUUUUGAUGUCUCUUAACAAGGUCUCCUACAAUGGUCUGGCACUACUUGCUUACCUCAUACUCAUGGGACUUCAGUGGGAACUUCAGGCAGGUGGCAAAGGCUGGAUCAAAUCUCAAGUUUAGAUUUCCAGUCUCAUAUACACUUCAGCAGGCAUUUUUAGUGUGGUGGCCAUACCUAAGCCAAGUGAGACUCCUUACCUGGUGCAAGCCGUGUGGGGGUGUGUAUGGGCUGACGCCUACUUUCCACUGCAAUGCAUUGUAAUUAGAAAUUUAAACAUAGUACUUUUGCCAAAAUACUGCCCCUCCGUUCUGGGGUUUCUCUUCAGGACUUGGUUUGUACCUCUAAAAUACACUUCAGGUAUUUAGGAGCAGAGUUAGGGAGGAGGACACCUUCUGGUAUCUCCACUUUAGUUUCGUGGUGCAACUAUGCAAUGUAAAGGGAAGCUCCGUGGAGACGGCAGAGUUUGCAGAGUGUCUCAGUAACGGUACGUUGCACAGCUAGCUGCCUCUCGCAGGUGAUGAGCAAGGUGAGAGAAAGGUGAGAGCAACCUUCAUUUUGCCACACUACUUGGUCCCGCAGUAAUCUGAUGUUAGAGAUCUAGAGGUAACGAGUACCACUUCAACCUGUAGAUUAAAGAGGAACCUAAACUAUUUCUAACGUGUCACGUAUUCACAAUACGUGAAUUGAAAAGUACCAAUACUUUUUGUGCACAGACUAUAAAAUGAGGUGGGGGGGAACAAAUAAGCUUGCUCAUUUGCAACACGUUGAUUUCCAUGUGCUUAAAAAUGUUCAUAGGCUGGAGUCUAAGGCUGGAACAAGUACGCGCCUGCAAAAUGACUGUUUCUAGUCAACAGACCUAUGGCUUUAGAGAGGAAAAUAGUGUAAGUGCGUGCUCCUUUUGUAACUUUCUCUGGUCAGCUGUUGGCUUCAAAUAUUCACAGUAGCCCCCAGGUUCUUGUCAAGGCAGAUUUAAGAAAAAAAAAAAAAGUAACGCUGAAGCAUUUUAUUAUCUGAAUGUUCUUUAGCUGUUCAGGUAAGUAAUUUUCAAGGCACAAUGGAGCACAAAAGGGAAAAUGCUAGAUCUGUCCUUGUUUGGGAGGGGAGGGUAGUGGGGGGGAAAUGACACCUUUUGUUUUUCAAUUCCCUCUGUCUUUUUGAAAGUUCUCCAACUUUAAAUUGAACUUCUUUUUAUGAUUAGAGCAAAGAUGCAAGCUAGAAAUCUAUCCAGAUCUUGCCAGUUACUUCUCAGCUUGGCUUCAAACAG